AUGAGAAUUGAGAUUUCAUUGCCAAAAUAAGAUAUCUUUAGCUUACCAUAAAGUCGGAAACAGGAAUAGAAAACUCUACAAAGAAGGUUUUAUAGGCCUUACAGAAAUAAAAGUGUAUUUCCAGAAUUGAAUAGCACGAAUGCAUUGUAUUUGAGCAAAACUAGUCAGAAAUUUAAAUUAUCACGCAAAGAAUGGUAAGACGAGUUACAAACAUGUCUCUAGAGUUAAUCAAUUCGUGGGGUUCCUAAUAGAAGCAAGGUUUCUUUGUAUAGCAGUAAAUCGGCACAGAAUUUUUGUUUAUCGAGCUAAUUGUUUAGAAGACCUUUGCCAGAUUUAAAACCUUUAUUGGAAAUAUCAGCUUAAAAAUUAUUAUGA